UCAUUCGGUCUGCGAACUGUCUGUCAUCAAGUGUCAUCUGAUAUAUAUUUUAUUUACAGAUACGAUUACGAUGUUCGGAUGUUAUUUUUAAGAGGAAACGAAUUAAAAUGAGUAUACAUAGCUGAAAUAUUGCGAGAAGACAAAACAAAUAAACGCUAAAAGUGAUAAUUGAAUGUAAACUAUGUCAAAACAAUAUUAUAUUACGCUGACGCUUUUAUUGACGCCAAAUAUCUUGCUGUGUGCAACAGCGGCCGUGCACAGUCACAGCAUCGAUAAUACGGAGCGAGAAUCGGACGGCGCGUACCGGCCGAGAGACUAUGAGCACUAUAACGACGCCGGUCAUAACGUGGAGUUCGAUCACGAAGCGAUACUAGGUAGCGUCAGGGAGGCCGAGGAAUAUGACUCGCUCAGUCCCGAGGAGGCGAAGCGGCGGUUCGCGCUUUUACUGCCGAAAAUGGACCUCAAUGGUGAUUCCUAUGUCGACCAGUCUGAGCUUAAGAAGUGGAUCCUGAACUCUUUUGUAAAGUUAUCCCAAGAGGAAGCCGAGGAGCGCAUGUCAGAAACAGACAGUGAUCAAGAUGGGUUAGUCACGUGGUCGGAGUAUCUCAAGGACGCUUUUGGUGUCAGCGCUGAAGAGGAACUCGACUCCGAGGAUAUCGGAGACACGGGCAUGCUGGUGCGCGAGGAGAAGGCCAUGUGGCGCGCCGCCGACGCCAACGGGGACGGCGCGCUCGACUUCGACGAGUUCGCGGUGUUCUCUAACCCCGAGGAGCACGAGUCGAUGCACGUCUUCCUCGUGAACCAGACGAUACGGGAGAAGGACCUCAACGGAGACGGACUCAUCAGCUUCCACGAGUACAUCGGAGACAGGGGCGCGCAGCAGGACCAGGAGUGGGUGAUAGCGGAGCGCGAUAAGUUCGAGCACGAGCUGGACCGCGACCGCGACGGCCUGCUGGCGCCCGACGAGCUGCGGCGCUGGCUCGUGCCCGACAACGACGAGAUAGCGGAGGAGGAGGCGGAGCACCUGCUGGCGACGGCGGACGACGACGGCGACGCGCGCCUGUCGCGCCGCGAGCUGCUCGAGCACCACGCCGUGUUCGUGGGCGGCGCCCGAGCGCCCGAGCGCUUCGACGACGAGCUGUAGCGCCCGCGCCUCACGCCCUCCUGUACCGUUUGCUCCCUUGCGUCGCGUCGACCUUCUCACGACUAACGUCUUCCGCUCCGUGUCUGCCCAGAUACCCAUUACUGACGUUCGCUAGGUGUUAAUACGUUCGUGGAUCUAUUUUUUUUUGUCUGUGUUUGUGCGUGUCUGCUUCGUACGAUGAUGAAUCGGACUUUGUUCUCUUUUCUGAGUUGUUAAAACGAGCACCGCAUCCGUUUCAAAUAUACCUCUAUAAUACAUUAUUUUUAAUUAAUCUUUAGUGUCAGUUCUGUACCCGUUGAGCUAAACGAAUUAGAAACGACCAAAUAUAGCUGUCUCAUUCUUAAGUGGAAGAGUGAAAAGGAUAGCAUACAUCUUAGUUCGAUUCGAUCAAAAUUAAUCUAUAGGUUGGAUACUAAUAUCGUAUCUCAAUAAAUACAACAGGAUUGACAUCAACAAUAUAUCUUUAUAACAUUUAAAAUAAUAUUCAAAACAUUUAUUUUAAUAGUAAUAUAACUGUAUAAAUCAUUUAGUUUGGAAGUUGACAUUCGAUGAAAUAAAAAUAUGUAUUUACACACAACCUAUGUAUCUCUGUCUGACAUAAACGUUAGAGAGACAAAAAAUUGUCUAAUAUUCAUUACAUCAAUUUAAAAUCUCGUAUAUUAUAUAUAAUUAUUUGUUGAUAGUUUAUUUUUAUUAAACGAACUUAAAGUGUUCAUAAUAUUAUGAACUAUUCCGAUUUCACUGAGAUGCGCACACGCACAUUUCAUAAACUAGACAUAGAUACCCAUGCUACUACCGUCAUAUUGCUAUUUUGUACAUAUAUAUAUACACGAAUGUUUCGGAGCCCAACUUCAGUCCGGCCAACUUAGUUCGCCCGGUCUACAAUUUUAACAUAUUUUCCCAGAAUAUCGGAAUAGUUUUUAAAUAUAGUCUUGCCAAAUAUAUAUUAAAUAUAGUUAGGAUUUACAAAAAAAAAAAUAGAGAAUUGUUAUCAGACUAUAUGCUGUUCGCAGUAUGUAUUUAUUAAAAAGAUUAUUUUAAUGAUAUCCAGUAAUAACAGUUAAAUUAUUUAAGUGUACUUAACUUAUCGAAUCUACAAAGAAAGGCUUCCAUUUUUUACAAAAGGAAAUUUACUUACUGAUAUCGAAUACUAGGCUAGGCUAUUGUAUACAUUUAUUCGCUGGUUAUACACAGACUUGUUCGAAAUAAUUUCAGUGAAAUAAUGUUGUAACCUUACAACAUCGACAAUUAAUUUUAAUUAAAAUAACUAACCAUAUUUGUCUCGUAUGUAUAAUUUUAUGUACGAAGAUGUUGUAUUCGUUCUCAAAUUAUAGAAAAUAAAUUUAAGAGACUUUUGUUUUCGAUGUGUCCAAUUCAUUUAUUUAAAUACGAAGCAAGGAGGUAAUUGUAAUCAAAUAUUUAAAAUUAAAUAAAUUUUAUUUUAUCAAUUAUUAACUGGAGUGAAUUCUGUGUAACUAAAUUAUUUGAUAAUGUUAUUAAACGUUUACAGGAUUGUAAAACCGAUACUAAUCCCAGAUAAUCGAUGUUAAAUAUUUUGAUAUUGUAUCCACAAAAUAUUGUAUUAAUUAAACAUGAUUAGCAUUUAGUUUUAUUAAACUUUACUUUAGAAUUUUUACUGUUUUUGUCCGUACUUAGAAGUUACUUAGAUGCUUUUGCGACUUAUUAAUGACUAAGGUUGGUUUCUGUUAUGCUUAACUAAUAGUAACGUGUGAACAUUCAUUUUGACCAUAGCGCGCUAAUAUACGGGGCCGGAUUAUCCAUUAGGCAGUGAAGAUUGCCUUGAUGCUCCAUUGGCUAGGAGCCAGGCAGACGGAGAAAAAUUGGGGGAAAAAAAAACUUAAAAAAUGUCUGUCAUAUAGGAAACAGCAUCAUUAUGAUUAAAUUAAGUCGUGGUAGAAAAAGUAGAGCCAUUUUACGAAGCUAGAAAGAGCACAGGGCCCUGAGAACUGCCUCGCCCGGGGACACCGAUAUGGUUAUUCCGGUCCUGUAACUUUUAUUUCAUUUUCAACCAAAUCCACCCAACUGAUGAAGCCUGUGGAAUUGUGCUCAUACUUGAUGCAACAAUACAAACUAGUAUACAUUUUUUUUUAUUAGUUUUGAAAUAAACGCUUUAUUAUAUAUAA